AUGUCUGUCAUCUUAUUCUUGUUAUUCUAUUUGAUCCCUUCUACUGUAAGUCAUGUCACCUGGACAUUCCCUGAGGCCAGAUAUCCUCCAUUGGACUUUUUGGACACAGCCAGGACAGUAGGACCAUGCGGAGUCCCAAAGUCCGAUAGAAGUAAGUAAAUCGUUAUAGAAAACAAAAAAAAACAUAAGUAGUACCGACUUAAUUUAAAUUUCCAGGUACUUACACAACAUUGAAAACGGGUACAAAAUACAACGUCACCUGGAGGUUACAGUAUCCCCACCAAGGAGGAUUCCGUAUCAGUCUGAUUGAUUACUUGGGCAAUCAAGUGGAGCAAUUAGCACCUCCAAGAACCGGUUCAGAAGGCAAUUCCACCAGCUUUGAUGGCCUGCAGGAUCAAAGGUUAGUUAUAUUCAAACCGUCUUAACUUAUUUUAUUGCAGUUUGGAGGAUCAUCAAAUUAAAUUUGAUAGUAUUUGUCCCAAUUGUACCUUGGUUUUGGAGAGACAAGCACUGGAAUGGGGUCCCUCAUACAAAUUCAAAUCUUGUGCUGAAGUUCAUGUAGUUGAGAUUGAUCCAAGUCAAGGCAAGGAUUGUAUGGGAAGAGGGAAGAGGGACGACACUGGAUAUUGUGAAUGUAAUAAAGGAUACUCCGGAGAUCUCUGUCAAUAUCAAAAUGAUUGUGAUGGAGAUAAGGACUGCUGGAAUGGUGGAAGAUGUAUUGCCAACGGCAUAUUCCCCAACAAGAAAUCUUGUUUCUGUCAAUACGGAUGGCACGGAAAAGAUUGCAGAGACAGUAUGUUACAGCAAUGUAGCCUUACAACAAUACUUUAGGGUCUGGUCCGCUCUUUAUAGAUGAUACCUGCUUCAAUUACAAUGAAACCGUGGAUACAACUGAUUUCAAAUAUAAUAUGUAUAAUCCCAAAUGCUACAAGGAACAUCAGCUUACCAAAGACGAUUUGUUAUACUCUAGAGUUCUAAAAGUAACCUAACUUCCCUAGCCUUUAUCACAUUUUUAGGACGAGUUGGAAGUAAUUUUGGAUUUCAAAACGGAAUCGUAUGUAGCCUUGGGAUGGAGGCCAACUAAUAUUCCUCGAAGUUGUCGCUUAUUCCCUAAUUUGGACAACAAAAAAGAAGAGAGUUCACAGACAGCGGGAUACGGUACCACGAUGACUUUAUUUUAAAAUCCUUUCAGCUAAAUCUGCACUUGAUGCAUCGUUGCAUGGAAUGGAUUGCACUGACAUCAUCAUGGCAUCUGUAGUGCAUGGAGACUUCCUUCAUAUUGAAGAUAUGUACACCCGGGAUAGAUCAACCCCCAUCUCGGAUAACAUCCUCGAUGGCGAACAAUCAUUGACUACUGCCUAUGGGAUUCAAAGGAAUGAACGGACAAUUGUAAUGUUCAGAAGAGGAAUCAGAGGUAAUUACACGUUAUAAUAUCAGUCAAUCUUCGGCUUUUAGAAAUCGAGCCCUCAGAUCACCCUCUCGGUCCCGGAGAAAUGCAUUUUAUCCAUGCCAAAGGUCAACAACAAGGUUCUUACAAACAUUUCACUCCGUCGGCUCUCGAAAAGAACAAUGUGAGCGUUAAAGACUUCUACAAAGACGAUCAAUGGAGAUAUCACGGAAGUAAGUAAACGAAAAUAAUAUUUUUUAUGAGUCAAAAGACUGACUUUUUUGCAUACAUGUUUGUAAUUUAAUUACAACAUUUAGGUGAAAAUCGAGGGGUCCACAGGAUCGAAUUAGUCAGUCCAAAUGAGAUGACCGCUGGGAAAAGUUUCCUUCUCCAUAAAGUUGAUGUCCUGGAGAGACCCCAUUCGGAUCCAUCUCCCUUCAGAGAUGAAGUCAUCCCUCGACCUCAAGCUUCUUCUACAUCGACAUCAGUAGUGAUUGUUGAUCUCGAAAAGGAGAAUGAGAAUACAAGCGAGACUUUUGGAAGGACAAAUGAAGCCACAAAAACUACAGUUACCCACGAGACACUUACAGUAGAAGACAGUCCCACUACGAAGAAAAGCAAGGUUGGAUUGGUAACUGUUCCAGAGAAGACAAUAUCGGAUAGCACAGAACGUACCACUCCAGAACACACCCAACAAGGAACAACAAUGUCUUCAAAGGCCAUCGAGAAACACAGUCCCACCUCAACGUCCGCUUCCCAAGUCCAUUCCUUAACCAUUACUUUCAUCUUGCCAGUUUUCUUAUUUAUUGUUUUCACGCUUUACCAAUGA